UGCUUCCACUAUUUUCCUCGUCAAGUAACUAAUCUACACAAACCAAGGCAGCACAUCGGAAAAGAAAGAUGAAUCAGGAGAUAGAACACUCCUACUUGCCCAUCAGAGGGCUCAAGCUGCAUAUAGCUCAUCUUGGAAAAGGUGAAGUUGGGACCUUGCUCUUUAUUCAUGGCUUCCCUGAGGUAUGGUACUCCUGGAGGCACCAAAUGGUUGCAGCAGCGGCAGCUGGGUUCCGUGCAAUUGCUCCUGAUCUCCCCGGCUAUGGCCUCUCAAAUCCACCUUCUGACUUAGCACAAGCAUCAUGGGAGGGCUUGAUCAAAGAUCUCCUAUCGAUUCUUGAUUCUCUGGCCAUUUCUAAGGUAUUCCUUGUUGCAAAGGAUUUUGGUGCCAAGCCAGCAUUUGAUCUUGCUCUCUGCCACCCAGACCGUGUAUGUGGAGUUGUGACCUUUGGAGUGCCUCCUCUCGUGGAAAGCCUCAGUCUUAGUGGACUUCCUGAGGGAUUCUACAAAUACAGAUGGAGGGAGCCUGGAAGAGCAGAGUCUGAUUUUGGCCGGUUUGAUGUGAGGAGGAUCAUGCGCACAAUCUACAUCCUCUUCUCGAGGAGUGAAAUUCCUGUUGCCAAGCUAGGACAAGAGAUUAUGGACCUUGUAGAUGACUCAACACCGAUGCCUUAUUGGUUCGGGGAAGAAGACCUCUCUGCUUACACUAACCUGUAUGAAAAAUCAGGUUUCAUCACGGCCUUACAAAUUCCGUACAGGACCAAACCUGCAAAAGCUGAAUAUGCUAAGCCAAGGUUUGAAAUGCCAAUGUUUGUAAUAAUGGGUCAGAAGGACUACAUCCUCAAAUUUCCAGCACUAAAGGACUACAUUUCAAGUGAAAAGCUGAAAGAAAUAGCCCCAGACCAUGAGAUUACUUACAUUCCAGAAGGAUCCCAUUUUGUUCAAGAGCAAUUUCCUGAACUUGUCAAUCAGCUUAUGAUAGACUUCCUCUGUAAGCAUGCAUGAGUUGGCAGCAAGGGCGUGGCCAAUCCAAAUAAAGUUACAGUCUGAAUGGAAAAGGAACAGCUAUCAGGCCACAAUAAUAUAGUGUCAAUAAUUCCAUAUAAUAUCAACAAAAAAGGGGUCAUUAUCUGUAUGCUCCGAGGGUGGUACGUAAACUUUGUACCAUUAUUCAGAAGUAAAUUUAUCCAUCUUUCAAUAGAA